UCUCCUCUUAAACCAUCUCCACACACUCAAGCCACACUAUUGGAGAACACACAGGGACAACACACCAUAAGUGCAGCGCAAUGGCGGCCACCACCAUGUCUCUUUCCUCUUCGUCCUUCGCCGGCAAGGCCGUCAAGAACUUGCCCUCGUCGGCUCUCAUUGGUGACGCACGUGUGAACAUGCGCAAGACUGCGGCGAAGGCCAAACAAGUUUCCUCGAGCAGCCCGUGGUACGGCUCUGACCGUGUGCUCUACCUCGGCCCGCUUUCCGGCGAGCCCCCCAGCUACUUGACUGGUGAGUUCCCCGGUGACUAUGGGUGGGACACCGCCGGGCUCUCGGCUGACCCUGAGACCUUCGCCAAGAACCGGGAGCUCGAGGUGAUCCACUGCCGAUGGGCCAUGCUCGGUGCGCUUGGUUGUGUCUUUCCCGAGUUGCUUGCCCGCAAUGGUGUGAAGUUCGGCGAGGCCGUCUGGUUCAAGGCUGGCUCUCAGAUCUUCAGCGAGGGUGGCCUCGACUACCUUGGCAACCCCAGCCUCGUCCACGCCCAGAGCAUCCUCGCCAUAUGGGCUUGUCAAGUUGUGCUCAUGGGGGCCGUUGAGGGGUACCGCAUUGCUGGUGGUCCGCUCGGCGAGAUCGUCGACCCACUCUACCCUGGUGGCAGCUUUGACCCACUUGGCCUGGCCGACGACCCCGAGGCAUUUGCGGAGCUCAAGGUUAAGGAGAUCAAGAAUGGCCGCCUCGCCAUGUUCUCCAUGUUUGGCUUCUUUGUGCAGGCCAUUGUCACCGGCAAGGGCCCAUUGAAGAACCUUGCCGACCACAUUGCCGACCCUGUCAACAACAACGCGUGGGCAUUCGCCACCAACUUCGUGCCCGGGAAGUAAGACAGGAUUGAUGGAUGCGAAUUGUAUGUGAGUGUCAGUUGAAUUGUAACACCAACAUGUAAACUAUGAGAAUUGUGUGCAAAGACAUUGUUUGAUUAGUCCACUC